CACGGUUUGCCUCUCGGCUUGGCGAAAUGUUUCGUUUUUGGCUAGGAGGAAUUAUUUGAGUGAUGAACGCAUGCAUGACCUGGGAUGUUGGGGAAAAAAAGAAGAUUGGAAAUUAAUCCCUCAGGCAUAUUCUGCUCAGACCAGGACUUCCUAAACAACAUAUAAAAACAGUAAAUAAAGACGGGAAAAAAAUGCGGACCAGUGAGGGGUGAGAAAUUUUAAAGCGAAGAAUCAAAAAAUAGUCAGCACAAUGAACUCAGCAGCAAGUAAGAUAAAUGCUGAAGGAGUAAUAGUCAUUUCGGAUGGUAUUUCACCUGAGCAUAUCAUUGAGAGAAUUCUUGAUGUUGAAGUGCUGCCCGCUUCUUCCUUCUAUAGUGAAAAUAUUAAAGGUUAUCCAUGGAAGUUUGAUACGAAAUAUUACUCUGCUGAAGUCAAUUUGUAUGCAAUAGUUGAUAAAACGCCGUUUACGAAAGACUUUGCAGAUUCAAUAAAAGCUUCUGUUAUUUAUUUUGAUAGUUCUAAGGAUUCAAGUUUUGAAGACAUUCUCAAAUGGAUUAUGAUUUAUGACAAUAUACAACCAGAAGUGAGAAUAAUGGUCUGCAACAACUUCAGUGAAGAAUUUCCUGAUUUGCUGCGUAAAAAUAUUCUCUACUGGUGUGCUAAAAAUCAGUUUGAACUUGUGGAAUUGAAUCCUCUUGAAGAAAAUGAUGAAGAUGACUUAAUACCCGACUCAAAAGGUUAUGCUAGAAUAGUGCAAUCUCUGCAAGCUCAUACGUGGGAAAACCUUAUAAUGAAAAGUCGAACUCCUGCAUCUAAAAAUGAAAAGCAAACCUUUGAUAAUUCAGAGGAGAAAAAGAAUGCAGAAAAUGCACCAUCAGAUACUGAAAGUAAAGAAGAUAGCAAUGGUGCAACAGUUUCAUGUGGUAAAAAUCUGACAACUGAAGAAAAUGUGAGGAAAGUUAAAGUUGGAAAUGAUGAAUUGUCAUUAGAAGAAAAUUGGUUAAAUAAUGUCGUUAGUGGUGAUGAUCCUGAUGGUGAAUCUUUUGAAGCGCUGUUUUCCAAAUUUGCUAGUAUGAAAGAACGAGCUGAAGGAUUAACUGGAGAUUCAAGAAAAAAAUAUGCAGAAGAGGUGGCUAUUGCAUUUUGGAAAGCAAUGGGAGGAGAUGAAGACGAAAUUGAAGGUUUAGAUGAUUAGAUUAAAGCUGGAAAAUAAGUUCUUCAUUCAUUGUGCAUUAUUUAUAAAAUAAAAUAUCAUUAUCAUUGUUUC